ACCUGGAAGAAUGAUAUAUUUAAUUAUAAUAAUUCGAUCAAAAUAUCAGACAUUUGUCUUUAAAUCGCACAACUUUUUGUCGAUGCUUAAUUUAUCGAUUAAAAUAUUAAAUAAACACUGUUCUCCAAGAUGAUCAACUGUUUCAUAUCGCUCAUAAAAAGCAGCGAUCAUCUCGUAUUUUUUAGGCGCGCAUAAUCAAUAUGUAUGUAAUUGUCGAUAAUGUUAUGUAACGCCAGAUAAGUUUCUCUCUGGAAACUUUGUCCGUGAAUAAAUCUAUAAAAUCAAACUUACGAUACAAUAGUAAUUAUCGAUUUUACGCUACUCAUUCAUCUUUCUUUCAUUACCGUGAAAAAAUAAAUUGCAUAUAUUUAGUUGAAUUUACUUUUAUUUUGUCGAAUAUUUAUUUCUCAAUUAGCAGUAAUGUUAAUUGUCAGCGAACAUGAAGUAUCGUCUCAUGUCAUGUAGGAUCUUUAGAUCCGGAAUUUUAAUGACCGGUGUUUUUUUUAUUAAGCCUAUCUAUGUUGAAGUGCCAAUAAUAAGGCCAAUAAAUAGAUCUCUUAUUCACCGAUUUAGAUAUUUAAUUGCUUCAGCAAAAGGGGGAGAUCAACGUCACGAGUGGCAUAUGACGCGGUGAUAAAUUAAAAAUCGCAUUAGUCACUUCCGUUGUACAUGGAUAUCUCUACGCGCGUAGAAAUUAUCGCCGUUGCAAUUUCACGCGUCAUUUUUCAAGCUGAUUGCACUCUCUCUCUCUCUCUCUCUCUCUCUCUCUCUCUCUCUCUCUCUCUCUCUCUCUCUCUCUCUCUCUCUCUCUCUCUUGCUCGCACAUAAAAAUCGCGGCAUGUAUGUAUACCUUCCCAAUAAUAAUCCGCCGAUCUCGACGAUAGUUUUGCAAUUCUGGUACGUACCCUCGACUCUCUUUCGACACUGAAUCAUAGAAAGUGUAGCAAUGGCUCCCCACAUGUGUGACUCACAGACGAUGCAUCUGUCGUGGAAUUGCGCGCCGACCGUAAGCGAUCCAUCGUUGCGCGAUUCCCACGGUAAAUCUGUGUCGCAAUCUGCGAUCCCGACACAAUAUGAGCGGAGGACGUUAAUUCAAGAGGAGUGUAAAGACACGUGCAUUUUGCCGUCAGACAUCGGCGAGCUUAAACUUUACGCCCCGAUUAAAUGAAGAAGAGCUGAGAGCAUAGUCAAUCGAGCGGAAAGAAGGUGUCGAAGAGAGACGGCAGUAAGGAGUAAUGCAGGAGCAAAAGGCAGAAAACACCGAUGCCGCAAACAGUGCCCACCGCGGCCGGCUACUCGCCGUCGUUCGACUACAGCACUUUUCAAUUCGAUCUGUCCCUCUUGCCGGAGGAUUACAGCCCGGCCGGCGACCAGCUCGGUCUCAAGAGCUCGCAGAUCAAGCAGGAGGCGCGCUCGCCUCGUCCGGGAUCGCCCACGAUCUACCAGAGCCCGCCGUAUCAGAACGGCGAACUGCCGUUGUCGCCCAAUUAUUCGCACGAGGGAUCCUCGCCAGGAUACCCGACGAGCCCAUACUACGUACCCAGAAGUCCCCAGAGCGCCCAGUUUUAUCCCACCAGCCCGGAACCAUCGGCCAAGCAACCAGUCAAGAGGGAAAAGAGCCUUGAUCUUUUGGCCAUCCUUCAGGAGUCUAGACUCUUAGCCGAGAGUCUGGGCUACCGCGAGGACUCGACCGAUUGCACGGUGCCCUGCACUCCACCCCGUAGCGAGGAAGAUAUCUACAACAGUCUGGACGCGGAUUUUCUGCCGAAGAAGGAGGAUACUGGUGUCCAGGGGCAUUCGUUGCUCAAGGAGAUUCUCUUCAAGGAAGAGCCACGUUCCGUUUCCAGUAGCAACGGUUCAUCUUCUUCCUCUUCCUCCACCUCAUCCUCGCCCAGCCCUUCGUGCGAGUUCGAAAGCAACGGCUCGGCGUUGCGCGAACUCCUCUUCAAGGGCGUCGCUCGUAAGGAGAACCUAGUGGAGAUGCCCGACAAGCUGAGCCAGCUCAAGGUGGAACGAUCGCAAGAGGAGUUAGUGAAUCCACUGCGAAAGGAAGAAGAGCUCUUCAAGGACGAUCAGAAGAGUGACCAUCAGUUGCUGCGGGAGGUGCUGAGAGAUACCAGCUUCCAGAGGAAAUACAAUCUAAGACCCGUUGAUCUCGGCGGAGUUGGCACCGGCUACGUCGAGGAUAUGGAAGCCGGCGAAUGCGUGGGUGACCUCGCCCGCGAGCAGCUCGAGCCGGUCCUCAGUCUGGCCAUCCAACAAUUGCAGAAGGAUUUCGACAACACCUGCGUAGCCCUAGGCAUUCAUCCAGAACCGAGACGCUGGAGUGCGGCGGAUGUAGCGGCUUGGAUACAAUGGGCCAGACGGCAAUUGCAAUUGCCGCUGGUGCCGCUGGAGAGUUUCAACGUGGAUGGCGCGACGCUGGCCACCCUCACCGAGGAGGAAUUCUGCCAGAGAGCUCCUCAGUGCGGGAGCAUGUUGCACGCGCAGUUGGAGAUUUGGAAGGCCGCUGUCGAGGAGUCACCGCGGAACACUCUGGCUGCUUCCUGGACUCCCGCGGGGGUCGUCCAGUCCCCGAGUAGUGCCGUCACACCGCCGACUAUCGGAAAUACAACGACGGGCAGCCUCAAGGAAUCCCCAUGCGCCGUAGACUUCUCAGAUGACGAGGACGAGGAUAGCAGUUCCGGUCAGGGUGCGGGUGGAAGCGGCGCAACCAGCGGCGGUAAGAUGCGAAACAGUGGCAGCCACAUCCACUUGUGGCAGUUCCUGAAGGAACUGUUACAGAGCCCGGGCGUCCACGGUUCCUGCAUACGUUGGCUGGACCGCGGCAAGGGGGUCUUCAAGAUCGAGGACUCGGUGCGAGUGGCACGGCUCUGGGGCAAGCGCAAGAACCGGCCCGCCAUGAACUACGACAAGCUCAGCCGCAGUAUCCGGCAGUACUACAAGAAGGGCAUCAUGAAGAAGACGGAGCGCAGCCAGAGACUGGUGUACCAGUUCUGUCAUCCCUACUGUCUGUGAGGAAUUCCUCUUCCCGCUUGUCCUCCUUUUCCCCCAAGAGUCCCUUUGAGCCCCCUUGUUCGCGUGCUCGCGCGCACGCCUGCGAUUCUUCGGAGCGAAUGACUUCAGGAAGAGCCCCGCACGAGGAAAUCGAAAGGUAAAAAUUUUCGAGACGACGAUCCGCCGUGCUCGAUGUUAUCCCGCGAUGAUAACGUCGAGGCCACGGCCGGGUCCGCUUAGUACGCCCGUUUUGGGCGACCACUUUCGCCUUACGUUUAUUUCUCUCCCUUGUUCUUCUCCUCCUUUUUUCUUUUUCUCCGUUUCUUGCGUUGUUUACGAGUUUUUUUUUUUUUCUUUUUCUUUUUCUUUUUCUUUUUCUUUUAAUAAUGAUACGUAUACCUAUGCUAUUUCUCUCUUUUUUCUCUCUCUCUCUCUCUCUCUCUCUCUCUCUCUCUCUCUUUCUCUCUAUCGAAUCGCUCCUGCGCUUCGACGAGGCUUUCUUAUCGCGAAGCGAAGAUGCGAGUGGAUAGAGAUUCGCCAGAGAAAAGGGAAGAAAUGACUCUUUUCUCUUUAUUCUCACGAUCGCUUGUCGGCACCAGUUGUCAGAUGUCCUCGAGCUGUCCGAGCAAUAUUCUGAGCGUGCGGAACUAUUCGCUGCUGCUCGUGAUAUCUGUUCUUUCGAUGGAAGCAAUGAAACAGAGAUGGAACAUUCUAUUUUUUAUACCAAAAAUUUUUUCCAACCGCUACAAUCACCGUUCUUCCGUGCUCACGUCGCGAAACGAAAUUAAAUUAGAGAUUUAUCGAAGAAAUGUAUCAAAAACAUCGUUGAAACGUGACACUAGUCGCGACACUGAUAACGUUGUUUUAAUCAACAUUUUUGCAAUUUUAUAAUCUCUGGCAUGCGCAAAGUUCGGAAAAAUAUUUUUAUCACUUGAAGAGAUAUUUAUUAAGUCGUCGAGAGCGUGCCUUAGAUACGUGCCGUGGGCAUCGCGACGUAGGACGGAAAAUCUCGCUCGAUCAAGAGGCGCCCGUAGAUCAUCGAUCGAGAGAAUAAUUAAUCGACGAUCGUGUUGCGCUCGAGGCGUCCUAGACGCAACGGCUGGUGCUGGUGAUUUUGGUCCCAUAUAUCUAUGAUAUAUUAAAUGCUGUAUGUUCCAUGAACGAUUAGGCUUUAAGAUGACUUAGCUACGUAAGUGUGUAUCGGGGCUCACGUGAGCCACCCUUAGGUUACUCGAGAUUUUUUAUUUUUUUUCUUUCAUAUUUUCCUCUCUCGUUUGUGCAUCAUUACGACGUAGAAAUCGCGUCCAUCUCUUGUGCUUGUAAUUUCUCGCGCAUUGUAUUCUAUAUAGCUUUCCUUGCUCAUUAUUCUCGUUAUUCUUCGUUUAACGCAAGUCUGUUACUCUCGAGAUGAGAAAAAUUUUAUUGCACGUUUUUCCAUUUCUAUCGCACAAAUUGUCUGAAUAAUAUUCAUUCACGUAAUUCAUAUAAUUAAUAUGUUUGUUUUUUCCGUUACUUUCCUUAAGAAAACGUUAUCUUUAUAUAUUUGAACAAAUCUGAGAGAAAAUAUUUUAGCAAGCUUGUUAUUAUUAUUGCGAUUUUAAAUACGUUAUUUUAAUGGAUACAAUUAAUACGAUUAAUUUCGUGCAUUUUUCGACAUAGUUACGUAUAAGAUUUAUACUAACGCGUUCACGUUCGCUCACCGAUCGGUUGUACAUAUGGAUGUUUGCAGCAUAAUCAUUUUAUUCGUUUUAUCUUAUUUAUAUUAUUUUAUUCGAGUUUAUAUAUUUUAAAUAAGAUACGAUAAGACAAUCUUAUUGAAGAGCUCUUUAAUAUUUUGACGUGCCGUUGUCAACUCUGCGACUGAUAUCAAUUUCAUCUUUCUCAAUUUUCUUGCGUAAAUUGCGAAUUUGUAAUGUUACGGGGAUUAUUACGCGACCUUUCCUCGACCGCGCAAAGGUGCAAUUGAUGAACAGUGCAAUUACAUCUGUGCAUUCAUUAUCGUUGGACUUGAAUCAUUCUCAGUCCACUAUGACGUCAUUAUUCAGAAAUGUGACGAGUAGAAGAAAAAUGGGCUCCUUAGAAGGAAUUAAAUUAAAACGAUUUAUAUUCGAUUUAUAUAUAUAUAUAUAUAUAUAUAUAUAUAUAUAUAUAUAUAUUAUUACUUUUUUACAAAGUAUACACUGCUAAAUUUCAUCCUAUCAUUACAGUUAAUUAUUCUUUAUUUUUUUUGAUGCGCUUAAUGACAAGGCUACUAAUUUUAUGUAUUUACGCGAUAAUGUCGCGAAUAGACAUUUAUCAUAUAACGAGAGAUGAUUCUUUACUAAUGGCGUUUGGGCUGCUGAAAGAUUCGAGUCGAACUGUUUCGAAUGUAGAAAUUGAAGCCAAAGAACAUAUGGCGACGUGAAACGAGCGAAUUGCCAGGUAGUUCUAUCGAGGAAAUGGAUUUGCUCGCGUAAUUAGAUCGUAAAGUGCGCUUCCACGGCUGUUAGAUUUCUACGACACGUGCAUUAUUUUUUUUUUAUACGGCCUAGCAUGGAACGCUCGUCAAAUUGGAAGUAGACCGAGGCGGGACCUCGAAACUCGACUGUAACAAACUGUGUGUGUGAAAUUGAAAAAAUACCUUAAAUGUUAAUCAAUAUUUAUGAAUUAUUUCAUAGUUCUUUCGAUUUUUCGAAAGUCGCUAGGACAUGUCUUACGUUAAUAUUUCGUUUAUGUCAACGAGAAUCUUUAUUCAAAUUUGUUCUAUUAUUUUAUAUAAAAUUAGUAACUAGCAUAAAUAAUAUAAGAAAAAAUAUUUUAUUCUCUUAGUGGAACAACAUGAAUUCCAAAGUCGCUAAAAAUUUACAUUUAUAUGUCGAGAGUCACCAGACCGUUUCGUGCUAGGCUCUACCGCAUAUAUAUAUAUAUAUAUAUAUAUAUAUAUAUAUAUAUAUUGUAUAUUUUGUAAGUUUAAUGGUAAUUGAGCCUUCAAUUCCGUGAUAAAACCCGAAGGCGGGGAAGAUUUAUCCCCCAAAGAUUAAUCCCGUUGUAGCUACGAUAAUAGAAAGAGGAAUGAAAUUGAAGAGCGCGGUUACUUUUGCACAAUCAGUUAAAGAAGCGGGAAAUAAUAAAACCGGGUGAAAUAACAACGCAAAUAAUAUCGAAUAGAUCGCAAUUGCGCGCAAUAUAGUAUCGUAAUGUACGGCCCUUGUGUAUAUUUGUGUAAUCAACUGUUAUUUAUUAAAUUAUAACUCUUAAGGUAAAAUCGUAUAAAAAUAAGAAAUUGCGUUAAGAAGAACCAAUUUUUUUUGGUUGACAGUAUGUUGAGAUGAAAAUUGUCUGUCCAUUACAAAGGGCAAUAAGGCAAAUAUUAUUUUUGUAAAUAAUGUUUGUUAAUAGAUGUAUUUUUUAUAUAAAAUUGAAAAAAAAUUUUCAGCAAGAGCGUCUGAUAGUAAUAUUGAGACAUGAGCGAUUCAAAAAGAAAAAGUUUAUUGAAUUAAAUCACAAAAUUGCAAUUAUAGCCAAGAAGGCUUUAUUUUUCAAUUAAUUACACAAGUAGAUUUUAUUUUAGCAGAAUCGUAGCUUUUCAUUUUGUUAGAAACAAGAUAAUAUUUUUGUUUGACAGAAAAAAAUCAUUCUUCGCAUUAUUUAUUUCCAUUACCAAAUAUCUAAGAAGGAAUAAAUAUGUAUGAAAAACUGUUAUUAUUACUGGUAUUGGAAUUUAGAAAUUACCAGUGUAAUGAAUUUAUCUUGCUGAGAAUAAAAACGAAAUGUGGCAAAUUGAGAGAAAAUUGUGCUUCCAUUAUCUCAAUGAUCUUCGGAAAUCAGAAUAUAUUGACAGAUUGUUCAAUUAGUAGAUAAUUAUCGAUAUACGCGCAUGAAAAUGUACAUAUUCGCGACUCUAACGAGUAAUACUACAUAUAUAUAUAUAUAUAUAUAUAUAUAUAUAUAUAUAUAUAUAUCAUAUAUGUUUGUAUAAUAAUCGUAGGUUAAGCAUUACUGGUUUUAUAUGAGCAGAGAUUUAAUUAGAGCAUUAAGCGUUGAUUUCCUUAACUGCGAUCUUACUACAAAUAAAGACAUUGUUGUAUACAUAUGCAUAUAUUAUAUAUAUAUAUAUAUAUAUAUAUAUAUAUAUAUAUAUAUACUCAUGUUUUGACUGUUAUAAUGAGAUUAAGUUGGGUACGGCAUGAGAUAAUAGAUGAAAGCUCUUCUCAAAGCAUGCCGAUGUAUUGAGAUCGCGAGAACGCGACAUUUUCGAAAAUCUUCGCUGAAGAUAUAUAUAUAUAUAUAUAUAUAUAU